AUGUUUUUGAGUUGUAGUCGUGUGCCAAAUUUAUCCAAACCAAUUCAAGUAUGCUCUACAGGUGAAUUCAAAUUUGUUGAAAUUCCUGAUAUUGACGGGACUCAUAUAGUGUUGUACAUUCAGUGCUCGGAAUUUGACAGAAUAGAAAAUGUAUCAGACUUGGACAAGAUCAGCUGGCCUCCUAAUCCAAACGGGUUGAAGAUAUCCGCGACCUUCGAUGGGUUAGGACUUUCUACGCUUGGAAAAUUGCCUCCAAACUCACAAGUGGAAACUUUGAAGUUCACGAAUAACGCUAUAAAGGCGUACUGGCCGGACCCGUUGAGCGACGUUCCAAACCUGAAGGUUCUCUCUUUCUCCCACAAUGAGCUUACAGAAAUUACUCCGGACCUGUUCACCAACAUCGAAGCUUUAGAAGAUUUAGACUUGUCCUACAACAAACUAUCAGAAUUCACAAAGUUAGACUUUAAACAUUUACGUCACAUUAAAAAGUUAAGUCUUCAGAGUAAUAACCUGAAGAAAAUUCCCCUCGAAGCCUUUCAACCUCUGGUUUCACUUGAAGACUUAGACUUGAGUAAGAAUGGGAUAUUUGACUUAGUACUUCAAAGGAGUGAUGUAGAAAACCUGGCUCGGCUGAAGCGUUUGAAUUUGAACGAGAACAGAAUACGGUCUAUUCUGAAGGAUACAUUCCCUCCUGAAAACAGCCUAGAGUUGUUGGAUCUGUCAAACAACAUAAUAGAAAUUGUUGAAGAAAAUGCGUUCCUCUCUUGCAAUAAUUUAAGAGAAUUGAAUCUUGCUCAGAACAACAUAACAUUUGUAUUCGCUCUACCGCCGUCGCUGCAGAUUGCCAUUCUCAAAAUUAACACUUUGUACCAUUGGCCAAAGUUUCCAAGUGGAAUAAAAUAUAUUGAUCUGUCAUACAAUAGAUUAUCGGGCCUGUAUGACGAAGCCACAUCGAAUUUUGAUAGUUUAGAGGUUUUAAUUAUUGGAGGAAACCAAAUAAAAGAACUAAAUAUAGAAAAUAAACUUCCUAGUUUAUACAUCUUAGAUUUGUCUUAUAAUUCGAUAACGGACAUACCAAAAUCUAUCAGUACACAAUACUUCCCCAAUUUGGAAGAACUUCAUCUUGAUGGCAACCCUCUGGAGUCUAUAUAUUUUAAAAACAUAAUUGCUGUAAAAAGUUUGUAUAUGAAUGAAAUAAAAACACUGACCGUCGUUGAAGAGAAAGCCUUUAGCAAUGUGAUUGGAAGGCCUACGAAUGAGACGGAUAACGAGCUGAAUUGUUUUGCUCUCUAUUUAUCUAACUGUCCCUCUCUAAAUGAAAUUCAACCGGGUGCUUUCGACGGAACUACUUUAUGUACGCUUGACAUUAGCAAGAACAACCUCACCUUCUUGUCGAAGAGAUUGUUGGACUGGUCGGCCGUCAGCGAAGGCGUGAACCUUCAGUUCAACCCCUGGCACUGUUCCUGUGAUAUGCAAUGGAUAGUGGACGAACUACUGCCGCAGACGUAUGCAAUUGGGAAUUCUAGGCUUUUGGCGGAAUUGAGAUGUGGUUCACCGCGAGCGUUCGAAGGUCUCCGUCUGGUGCACUGGUACAACUGGACGGAGCAGGCGAUGUGUAGCGACGUGUUCUCCAGAGACGGCAGGCAAGGCAAUUAUAUGUUGCAACCUUCGACAGAGCCAGGGUUCAAAGUCAACCGCCUCACCAUAAUCUUAGGUAGUUGUAUCAUAGUUGGUUUAUUGAUUACCUUGGCAUUAUUCAUAUACCUAGUGAAGACUCGCAAGAAAUACAAAGUUCGACAAGCUGCCAUGAAGAGGAAAAGACAGAGUGCUGCAGAUAUGAACAACGGGAACAAAGAACAGUUCUCUACGCUUAAUAAGGUCUAA